AAUUCGUAUUGCAAAUCUAGUUGUAUUAAAUUUAAAGAAAUAUUACCCUAGAAUAGAAUCAUACUGCUCAUUAGCAACUUUAGUUGCCGAUCAUACGUGUUAAAAUGUGUUAUUAGUGCCUUUAAAUCACGUAACAUCAAGAAUUUGAUCCAUUUAUUGAUAGACAGAUGAACUUUACCUGUAAAAUUGACUGAUAUUGACUUAAAGCUUCUGUUAUACUUUUACCAACAUUUGAUGGAACAUUUUUGUUUCUUUGACAAAAAUUUACGAACAAAUGAUAAAACUUUACGAACAUUUUUCUGUGUGUUUACAAACAAGUGUUUGUAAAAGAAUAAAAAUGUUCGUUAAAUAAUCAUGUUAUGAACAACUUUUGUAAAAAAAAAAGAUACAAACAUUUACGAACUUUUUAGUGGGUUAUACAACUUACGAGCAUUUCAUUUUUCCCCAAUAGGUAUUCACAAACAUUUAGAAACAAUUUGACGAAAUAUAUUUUUUUCUGUGUGAUUUCUUGGAUGAAGCUUAAAAGUUUCACUUCGACGUCCGAGGAGUGUUGAGAAACAUCCACUAGCCUGGCAAAAGUGCAUUGUUGGGAAGAUUGUCCGCUCAUCUUAAUUAUACCGUCCCAGUGUCGUAAAUCCGACAAUCUCCGCAUUUUAUUUGUCUCAUCUCAGAUGUGUUUCAAUUGUGAUCUCAAGUGAUUGUGAUAAAGAGUGGGAAGUUUUCUGUAUAUUACGAGGUGAAAAUGACCCUGACUUGGUUGGAGGAGACUGAUGAUGAAUUCAGAGAUCUUGAUCUAACGCAAUUGGAUGUCGAUCAGGCCCUUGUCAAUAUAACGUCCAAAUUUCCGGUUCCACUGUGGUCUUAUACCGUGUCAGCCGAUUGCCAUCGGUGUCAUUUUGUGCGAAAUCAGGAGAUCUUCCGCAAUGGUGAACUCCUGCUGGAGGUUGACUCCAAGUUCCAUUUACUCUGGCGAUUCUACAAGCGCAAUCUGGGAAAGUUCACUGAUAGCACCAAUGCCAGUGACUUCAUCUGCCAGCUGUCGCCGGAUGUUGGGGAAUUUGGUGUUUAUGACAUUGUGAUUGAUUCCGCGGGAAAUUGCAACGUCCACACAGCGCAUGAGCCCGUCAACAUUUACUGGCCUCUGGUGAUUUAUAUCUUUUUGAUCAUCAAUCUCGUGGUGAUCUUCAUGGGUAUUCGAUGGGCCUACAAGAGAUUCCUUGCCAAACCAUCAUCAAAUACUUGCCCAGCGGAAGCGAGAGGGACACGCUACAAACAUCGAUUGCGGAGCGUAGACACUUUUCGAGGGAUCAUAACUAUAAUCAUGGUCUUUGUGAACAAUGGGGGGGGUUCGUAUUGGUUCAUGGAGCAUUCCAUAUGGAAUGGAUUGCUGGUACCUGAUAUUGUGUUUCCGUCCUUUCUCUGGAUCAUGGGCAUCUGCAUUGCAGUCUCAGUAAAUAAUUCGAUAUGCCAGAAGAUGUCCAAGACAAGGAUUCUGCUGCAGAUCCUAAAGAGAUCUCUAAUUAUGUUCUUCCUGGGGCUUUUCCUCAAUACAAUUUAUGGUUCGCAAUUUAAAACUUUGAGAAUUAUGGGCGUUCUCCAGAGACUCGGCAUUUGCUACUUCAUUGUUGCUUCUCUUCAUACGAUUUUCCGUCGAUCGGAUAUUGUUACUCCGCCGAAUCCUCUUCGUGGACCCUAUCAAGAUAUGCUACUCUUACUCCCGGAAUGGUGCAUAAUGCUCACUCUGGUGAUCCUCUAUCUUGCCGUUACGUUCUUCCUGCCUGUUCCUGGCUGUGGUAGUGGAUAUCUUGGUCCAGGCGGAAGGCACGAUUUUGGCAAGUUCAAAGAUUGUCCAGGAGGAGCUACUGGGUACAUUGAUAGCCUUAUCUUCGGUGACAAUCACAUCACAAAAUAUGCCACAACGACACCAGUUUAUGACUCACAGCCUGUGGAUUCUGAGAACAUCUUUGGGACUGUACUGAGCGUGGUUCAUACUUUCCUGGGUGUCCAAUGUGGCAUGACCAUUCUCGUGUACAGCCAAUGGAGAGCCAAGGUCUACAGAUGGCUGCUCUGGGGCAUUUCUACAGGACUUUUGGGUGGGCUCUUAUGCGGAUUCUCAAAAGACGAAGGAUGGAUUCCAAUCAAUCAAAUCAUGUGGUCUCUCUCAUUCGUCCUGGUAACCACAUCCUUUGCUUAUUUGGCCUUCACUGUCUGCUACAUGUUGAUCGAGGUGCCCCUUGUGUUGAAGAGAAUUGGCUGGAAUGGAGCCCCAUUCUAUUUCGUGGGAAUGAAUACAAUUUUGAUAUUUAUCGGUGACGAAUUGUGUCACAGUAUGUUACCAUUUCAUUGGCGUUUCGGACGAAUGAACACGCAUUUUAUGCUGCUGCUGGAGAAUGGCUGGACAACUUUUGUCUGGAUGCUCAUUGCCUAUGUGCUCUACCGCAAGAAAUGGUUCUUCGUGGUGUGACCAAAGAAAAAAAAAACCUUCCAAAGAUUUCUUUUUUUAUGUAAUAGAAAGAAUGUCAAUAUUAUAAAUAAAAUAACUUUAUUGCAAAAA